GAAUAUAGUAUGUUUGUGUAUAAAUAGAGGAGCUGGCAUAGCUGGAGGAUGCUGCAAUCACGCUUCCCAUCCGAUCCUUGCCCAGGCAUCCCAGGGGCACCAUGGCACAGACACUUAAACUGGCUAACAGGUCCUCUUCUAUAUUCAGGACCCUCACUGAGGCAUGGACUGAGAGCUUACUGAGGAGACCAGAGACAGUCAUCAAGAGGCACAAGUCCCUGGCAGACGUGCCUGGUCCCUCUGCCAUCAGCUUCCUCACUGAUAUCUUCUGCAGGGGGGGCCUGUCCAGGCUGCAUGAGUUACAGCUGCAAGGAAAAGCCAAAUAUGGUCCAGUGUGGAAGGCAAGUUUUGGUCCAAUCCUUACUGUUCACGUGGCAGAUCCAUCACUGAUUGAGCAGGUCUUACGACAGGAAGGAAAACAUCCCAUUCGUUCGGAUCUCUCCUCCUGGAAAGACUACAGGGAGCACAGAGGACACUCAUAUGGUCUGCUUACUGCUGAGGGAGAAGAAUGGCAGCAGUUCCGCAGUAUUCUCGGGAAAUACAUGCUGAAGCCAAAGGAGGUGGAGGGAUACAGUGAUGUUUUCAAUGAUGUGGUUGGGGAUCUUAUAAAGAAGUUAAAUCACCAGCGGAAUCAAAAUCCAAAUCAGGUUGUCAAAGACAUUUCCAGCGAAUUCUACAGAUUUGGCUUAGAAGGUAUUUCUUCUGUCCUGUUUGAUUCACGGAUUGGUUGCCUGGAGACCACGAUCCCAGAAGAAACUGAGAAAUUCAUUAAGUCCAUCAAUACUAUGUUUGUAAUGACCCUCCUAACCAUGGCCAUGCCCAAAUUUUUGCACAAAAUUUUCAGAAAGCCAUGGCAAAAGUUCUGCGAGUCCUGGGAUUACAUGUUUGCUUUUGCUAAAGGACAUAUUGAUCAACGAAUGGCUGAUAUAGCUGAGAAAGUGUCCCGAGGUGAAAAAGUGGAAGGAAAAUUCCUAACCUAUUACCUGGCCCAGGAGAAAAUACCCAUGAAGGCAGUCUAUGGCAAUGUCACUGAGCUGCUUCUGGCUGGCGUAGACACGAUUUCGAGUACACUUUCGUGGACCCUGUAUGAGCUAGCAAGACAUCCACAAGUACAGUCUGCUCUGUAUAAAGAGAUCACGGAUAUGCAACAAGGACGGACGAUUGCAACCGCAGCUGACGUAGCUAAAAUGCCCCUAAUGAAGGCUGUUGUAAAAGAAGUAUUAAGGUUGUAUCCGGUAAUUCCUGGCAAUGCCCGAGUUGUAGCGGACAGAGAUAUCCAAAUAGGAGAGUACACCAUACCAAAAAAAACACUUAUUACCCUCUGCCACUAUGCUACAUCACGAGAUGAGAAGUUCUUCUCAGAGCCCGAUGAGUUUAAACCAGAGCGCUGGCUGAAGAAAGACGAGUGCCACCAUCCAUAUGCCUCUAUCCCAUUUGGAUUUGGAAAGAGAAGCUGCAUUGGGAGGCGGAUAGCUGAACUGGAAGUUUACCUGGCUCUUUCACGGAUCCUUACCCAUUUUGAAGUUCGACCCGAGUGCCCAGGAAGCUUGGUGAAACCUAUGACCAGGACACUUCUAGUACCGGACAGGGACAUCAACAUUCAGUUUCUGGACCGUUAAUUAGUCUGCUAUUGUUUGUUAUUAGAAGUAGACCUUCCUAAAGCUGGUCACCUUUUAGGAGGUGCAUAUAUGGCCUGGAGGAGUCGUUAAUAUACAGAGAGACAUCAUAAAGGUGUACCAAUCUCACCUCACACCUCAGGUUUAUGUGCCAUAUAGUUCUAUGCAUAGAACAUUACAACUGUGAACUUAUUUUAUACUUACUAAGGGAGCAUAAAUAGAGAACAAUGAAACACUGAAGAUUUCAAGCAAUUCCCAAAUAACUUUUUAUAAAGGUUAGGGAUGUUUUGCAUUUUAUCUUUUUUGGAAUGUUUUACUGUGAGACAUGGCAGAAGGGAAUCAGAUUCCAAAAUUCAUACAACCUCUUAUAAUGUCUGCAAUGUCCAAAAUGUUAUCUUGGCAUAAGGUCUGACUGAGAUUUCAUGGUUACUUGUUGAUAACUAUAGACAUCUUGACCAUUUGUUAUGAUGCAGUUGAUAACAUCAACGGCCAGUU